UUUUGCGCAAAGCUUAUUAAUUUUAAGGUUUUUGUAUGAUUUGUUUUGUUAUUUUUACAAUUUUAACAAGUUUACUAGGCUGUUUAUUUGUUUCGAUGAUUCAUCUUUUAUGUUUUUUUUUGCGAAAGUGAAAUAUAUGUAGUUCUAUUUAAUGUUUACUAGUCACUUUUCUCUGUUUUUCUUCUCUGUAAUUUCCAACAUUUUAUUAUCGCUCUAAAAAGCUAAACUUUUUAUUAAAAAAAAUAUUUUUUUUCAGUUUAAUCAAACGUAUUUUUUCUGAAUUAUUUGACUUCAAAAAAUGGGAAAACAAGCAAUUAAUUCCACAACUCGCCAACCUCUUAAUGGGGGACUGGGAGGUGGCCGUACUCAUCAAAGAAUCCGUAUUGGAUUUUCGGAUUUGGAGCCGUUAUGGAAUGCUGAAGAUGAUAAAUACAAAGUUUUUUGUCGCUCAGUUCAUGUCUCAAAAGCAGCUUUGUAUGUUAGCUAUGUUCAAUUGGUUGCGGCAUUUAUGGGCUCUAUUCUCUUCGCUUACAACUAUAUGAUGAUUGCUAGCGUACAAACACCUUCAGCUGAUUCUUGGGUGGGAUCAGUCAACAAUCGCUAUAUGUCUCAAUUAAUGAUGGCCGUUACUUUGCACGUUUUGCUUCUUGUUGUGCUCAUUCAUGGGAUUAAAACUGAGCGGAAGUCUUUGCUUAUGCCAUAUAUUGUUUACGCUGCAAUUACUGUGCUUACUGGACUUGUUGGGAUUGUCAAUGACAUUUUCUACCUUGACUCUCAUAUAAUGCAAGAUGGAGAAACAAGUUCUGUCGUUAGAAGCCAACUCCGCCGUCAUUUUCUCGCAACAAUAGUUCAAGCUUGGUUUCUUUCCAUCAUUUGGCGUUGUUAUGGGUAUCUUGGUGAUAAGAAGGUAGCUCGUCAAAUUCGUGAUCAAAUGUGCAGCACCGCCAGUGCAUUCCGAUAUCCCGAGAAUUUGAUGUGCAGUGGAUAUGCUCUUAUGCAACAACCACCUCCAUAUGCUGACACAGUAAUGACCCCUUCUGCAACAAUUCCUCCACCUGUUUAUAUUGGACCGAUUGGAAGUGGAGUUGAAAAGCCUGUCACUAAAUCACCUAGCCAGACUACCACAGCAACCACAGAAAUUGCGACUGAAGCUAAAGAGGAAGAGGAAAAGUAA